UCUCAAGACCAUGGAAGCACCAAGAAGUUGCAGUGCCCCAUGUUUGCUCCUUGUGCUGGCGCUAGCUGCCCAUGGGUGCAGCGUCUCAAUGGCUAGCUGCAGCUUCACCAUAUCCAACCACUGCACCCAGACCAUCUGGCCGGCGACCAUGGCCGGCGCGGGCACGCCGCAGCUACCCACGACAGGGUUCCGGCUCGACCCGGGGCAGACGGUGCAGGUCCCAGCGCCAGCCGGGUGGUCCGGCCGUAUAUGGGCGCGCACGGGGUGCAACUUCAGCGCCGACGGUUCGGGUGCGCCUGCUGGUGCGGUGGCGUGCCAGACCGGCGACUGUGGCGGUGGACACUUGGAGUGCGGCGGCACGGGAGGGACGCCGCCAGCGACGCUGUUCGAGAUCACGCUGGGGAAGGGCGGCCCCGCCGACCAGGACUUCUACGACGUGAGCCUGGUCGACGGGUACAACCUGCCCGUCAUCGCCGUCCCGCGGGCGCGGCAGGGCAGCUGCAACACCACCGGCUGCAACGCUGACCUCAACCUGUCAUGUCCCAAGGAGCUGCAGGUGGACGGUGGCAAUGGUGGCGGCGCAGUGGCAUGCCGGAGCGCGUGCGAGGCAUUCGCGCAGGACAAGUACUGCUGCAGCGGCGCGUAUGCGACGCCGGCGACGUGCAGCUCGACGGCCUACUCGUCCAUUUUCAAGUCGGCAUGUCCGCGGGCCUACAGCUACGCCUACGACGACGGCACCAGCCUCUUCACCUGCAACGCUGUCGACUACACCAUCUCCUUCUGCCUCCCUCCCACCGGGUUGGACACGCCUGGUGAUGCUAACAUUGUUCCUCCUGCCAACAACAAUGGCGCUGGAAGCACCUACGUGCCGCCCCCGGCAGGCAACAGCGGUGUUGGAAGCGUCUAUCAACCACCCCCCACAGGUAACAGUGCUGCUGGAAGUUCCUACCUGCCACCUCCAACAGGCGGCAAUGGCGUCGGAAGUGGCUACCAGCCGCCCUUGGCUACCAACGAUGGCGUCGGAAAUUACUACCCCCUGAUGGGCAACAAUGGCCUCAGAAGCGCCUACCAGCCGGGGAUGGUGCCAUCUUCGGCGAGCGCACGAUACAACCAGCUGCUUCUGCUACCUGCGGCGCUGUUUUUCCUAAUAUGAUCAUUCUCACCGGUGAUCAUUCUCAUCUUCAGAAGACUGGAAAACCGCGAAUAGCGCAGGGUGGACACAAUAGAGGAUUGAGUGAUCGAAGGGGUGGAAUAAAGAAGAAGCUCAGCUGUGCAUCAAGCAGAAAUCUUGUAGGAGUUUCUGAAUUCUGACUGCGUGACAGUUGUUCAAACUUGCAGUUCCUCUAGCAAUUGUAAAUUGAGUCUCAGAAACUAGAUAGUAUAUUGGUUCAAUAGUGGGGAUAUGUAAAUAUUGUACUCUUUUACGUUUUUCGAAAAUGGGGAGC